GACCCGCUCGAGCGCAAAGAUGGACUGUACGUCUCCGUCGAUGCUGAUCGGCGCCAAUUGGCCCAAGGAGGUCCUAGACAAUCCGCUGUCGCUGGAUGGCGACGUUCUGUCGCUCUCGGGUGCAGCCGGCGCGGAAUUCAGCCACUUAGACCACCGUAAUGGCCAGCGCAACGUCUACAAGUUCGGUGGCACGUCGGUGGGCGGUCCAGCCAGACUCUGCGGCCUUGUACGCAUCGUCCGCGAGGAAAGAGACCGCGUCUUGGCCGUCGUAGUGUCUGCUAUGGGCCACACGACGGAUUACUUAUUAGAAGCCGUGGCGUUCGCCGCGAAAGGAGACGCCGACAGCGCGUUGAAAGUCGUAGACAAGAUUCAGGCACAGACGCUCAUAAACGCGCAUGAUACACAGAAAGAGCUUGAAGUGGAGGACAUUGAGGACAUGUCUGAGGUCAUUGUGAAUCACUUUAAGCCCCUACGUGAGCUUCUGUACGGUAUCUGUCUGCUCCAGGAGCAGACAACGGCCGCGACGGAUACCGUGCUGUCGUUCGGCGAACGUAUCAGCGCAAAUAUCGUCGCUAAGCUGUUGACUAAAGCGGGGGUUGAGGCCUUCUUCUUGGACGCCAGAGACUGGCUGACUACGGACGAUACGCAUGGCUGUGCCAAGGUUUUCUUCGACGAGUCCAAGACGAAGCUACAGGAGUUGUCCAAGCACUGGAAGCCUAACACAUUACCAGUUAUCACGGGGUUCAUCGGUAGCACUCGCAGUGGCCGUACGACUACACUAGGACGUAAUGGAUCGGACUACACGGCCACAUUGGUGGGCUCUUCACUUGGCGCUGACUACGUGUUAAUUAACACUGAUAUCUCCGGUGUUAUGACGGCUGAUCCUAGAAUUGUGGACCGUGCCGUGGCGCUCUCUCAUUUAAACCACCAUGAAGCUCUAGAACUUGCAGUCUACGGCACUCGAAUGUUCCACGCACGCACUAUGGUGCCGCUUAUCAAGGGCGACGUGACCAUGCUUAUCCGCAACACUAUGGACCCCAACGGCCACGGCACGUACAUCAGCGGCGUUGGUCGUUCAGGUACACGAGAGACGUGUACGACGUCGCUGGAGAGUCUGGCGAUCAUCGAAGCACGUACGCGUAUUCUACAGGACGGCAGCAAUGAUCCUCAUCAACAGGAGAACAUUGGUGCUCGUGUAACCAAAGUCCUCGAAGAACUCAAGAUUCCCGUGUGGUUGUCGAUCCGUGGAGCUCACGGACAAGCCAUCAGUGUCGUGGUGCCCCGUAGUGCCGAGGAAAUCGCCUGUGCUGCCAUCAACGCUGAGCUGAGCUCGGAGAUCGAGUCUCAUGAAGUGGAUCCGCUUAACUCCGAGUCGCCCGUGACGAUGCUGUCUGUUGUAGCUGAGGAUUUGUCCAAGAUUCCUUACAACCAGACCAAAUUCUUUGGAGCUCUCGCAGACGCUGGUAUUGAAGUGCUGGCUGUUGGUCAAGGUACAAGUUCGCGGUCACUGAGUUGCGUUAUCCGUGGUGUAGACACGAAGGUCGCGGUGCGACGUGUACACGACGCCUUCAACGUCGAUUAUCUCGUCACCAACGUCGUGCUUCUGGGCUGUAAUCACAUCACGUUGGGUGUUGUCCGUCAGCUUCAGAAGCAGCAGGAACUGUACCGAUACCAGCACAAAGCUCGGGUCAAUAUCGUGGGUUUCGGCUCCAACUGCUGCGAUUUCCUGUACAACCCCAAGGGCUUCACAUUCGAAGAGCUUAUCACUCGUUUAGAAGACUGCAAGAGCACAACAGCCGUUGUGUCGGCAUCUCCCAGUGUAUCCAGUGCCUACGCUGGCGCUCCAUCAUUAGAGCAGCUGGAUCAGCUUCAAGACUUAGCUAUCCCCAUUCUGAUCGACUGCUCUGGCCAGGGUAACACUCAAGACCUGUACUCGGCGUGCAUUGAGCGCGGUAUCCACGUCGUCGCCUCCAAUGCACGCUCAGUGUGUCGUCUACCUCCUACCUCGUCACGUGAGAGUGUAGCCACUUCACGCACCAAAACUGGUCGUACAUUUUUCAUGUACACAUCAACGAUCGGUGCCAGUCUUCCAGUCAUUGAUACACUUGGAAACAUCUUGCGUACAGGUGACCGUGUUCUCGGUAUUGAGACGUCGCUAAGUGGCUCGAUGAACUUCGUGGCCAAUGAAGUUAUGAAGGGCAAGAAACUCUCGGACGCUGUGGGUGAAGUUCUUCGUAAAGGAUACUGCGAGCGUGACCCUCGUGAGGACUUCACAGGUACAGAUAUGGUUGCUAAGAUCGUCGUGUUGGCUCGUGCUCUCGGUGUGCACAUUAAUCCGAGUGCUGUGGAGUUGGAGCCUCUAAUUCCCCAGAGUGUUCUGGAUACUAUCACGUGGUCUAACGACAUGGAAGUGGACGAUGUUGUCUCCGGAUUGAAAGCGUAUGAUGAAGUUUUCCAUGAGAAAUACUACGUGCCUGCUGUGGCGGAGAACAAGCGUCUCCACUACGUCGCAUCGAUCGACCUGUCCAAGUUUCCGUCGAUCCAGGCCAAGAUCCAGCCCGUUCUUAUCAGUGAGGACCACCCAGCCUUUUACACCAAGGACAACGAGAUCGCCUUUGGUUUCUCCUCGGUGCAGUACCCCAACCCACUGGUUCUCAAGGGCUCCGGUACCGGUGCCGCUGCUAGCGCCACUGGUGUCCUUCGUGAUGUCCUCACUAUCCUAAACUCGCUUAAUGGCAAGAACGUUCACAUCUAGAUGGCUCAAGACAGGAGUGCAGUAUGAUAUGCCCACCGACCGACCAUGUUGUUAGGAGCGCUCGGUGAUAGUAGCUUUCGUAUUCCAUCCCUAUCAUUAACCAAAACAUGCCCGAUUACGUUGCCAUGUUGUACUUGCACUCAACAAGUUUGUUUCACGGAAA